AGAAUGGCUCUGAGCAAUGAGCAAGCUCUGGCACUGCUACUGAUCUUAAACAGCGCUCACCUCACAGCAGCAGAUUGCUCUGCACAAGACCAUGUUGCUGUCUCUGGCUCAGCUGGGGGGAGAGCAGUGCUGCCCUGUUCUUACACCCCCACCCGUGGGCAGGAUGUAGCAGUCACAUGGCAUGCAUAUCCAGAUCAGAGUUCAGUUCUAUUAAUUGACUCAGAGACCUCAGCACCCAUCCCUGCGCAGUGGAGCGGCCGAGUGAAACUGUCUGAUGAAGUCUCCUCUGGAAACGCCUCUCUGCUAAUCUCUGAGCUCAGACUGGAGGACACUCGGGAUUACACGUGUACAGUGCAGAUCAAUGGGAAAUGUGUCACUUACAGGAAUAUUAAACUGACAGUUCAAGAACCUCCAAAGAGAGAUUCAACUACUUCAAGAACAACAACGACCACAACCCCGACAACUAGACCAUCAACAACCCCGACAACUAGACCAUCAGCAACCCCGACAACUAGACCAUCAACAACCCUGACAACUAGACCAUCAGCAACCCCGACAACUAGACCAUCAACAACCCCGACAACUAGACCAUCAGCAACCACGACAACUAGACCAUCAGCAACCACGACAACUAGACCAUCAGCAACCACGACAACUAGACCAUCAGCAACUCCCGCUAUCCUCUCUGCAGUAGCCGUCUCUGCUGUCAUCGGCAUCAUAGCUGCUGCAGUCUUUGUCAUUUUAAAGUACAAAAAGAGAGCAGCGAAUGCUAAUGGGAAUAACCAGAAUGCUGGAGAUCAGAAUGCGAGCUCAGACUUGGUUUCCUACGCUGUAAUCGAUCACACGAGACAGCUGGGAGGAGCCCCAGUCCGGUCAGGGGUCAGUGCUGUGGACAAUACAGAGUACGCCACUGUCCGGAUCCACUGAUAGGACACGUCUCAUCCAGCCACCAGGGAUACAAGACAGCUUCAAUAACAAGAUGAACCAAGGACUUGACUAACAUUGAUUUACUGCAGCGCUUCAAUGAAUCAUACCAACUCUGAUGAGAACAAUAAACACAGCUAGCCACUAACAAGCAACUACCUGACAUUCUUAAUUCAAUCUUAACCAUUUCACUGCCACUGCUAAUAGAAUGCUGUGGCCAUAUUAGAAAAGCAUUUCCUCCUAUUUUUGGAAAGUAUAAAAUUCCAUGUUAAAAGGGUUUUAAAUCUUACCUGUUCAUUCGCUAUGCAGGUUGCACGUGUAGUUUUGAAAGAAGCACAUGUUCUAUAACAAGCAUGCUUUUUCCUUUUUAAAAAUGUUAUCAUACUGGUACCAUACAGUAGUGUGCAAAUGUAUUAGAAAACCUCAAGAUUUGUAAUUGAUAUCCUUUAUAUACCUACCUGCAUGAAAACCUGGGGGUGAGAAUUUCAAUUUUCAAUCAGUGAUAUAGAAACAAUAAAGACUCAUGUGUGAAAAUGUUAGACCGCUUUGUGCUUCAAUUAGGCAUCUUAAACAACUUCUAAAAAGUGUCACGCAUUUUAUCAUUUGUGGCUUUGUGUUCUUUUUCUCUUACUAUUUAAUAAAUUGCAUGUGUGACCUAUUAAAGGCAUCAAUUAAAUAAGACAAUCACUGUUGGUUUUGACAAUUUCCAGUGGUUUGAUUUCCUAUGCACAACAAAUGAACACAGCAGAAGCAAUGGGGUGUUGUAAUCCAGGUGCACACUGCUGUACUAGUUUGCAUGCCUUACUUUGGAUACACACACACCAGUCCCAAACUGAGCUCCUGCAGGUGGUGUGAUCCCAGCCUCAAAGAGAAGCCAGUCCUCCUCAUUGCAGUGUUCAUCCACAUUGUUAAUGAGAGCCUUUACAGCAGGAGAUCGCUCACCAGCAGAGAUGCGUCAUGAAAGAGGCCACAGGGCCUCUUGCUUCAUUACUGCAAGCCCUUGAAUGCAUGCACGUGUAGCAGGGAGGGAGUAGGGGGGGGUUAGGUAAGCAGUUGAAUUCAGGUCCCGAGCCUCGCUUCCUUUUGCACCUGCUCCGAGACAGGCUGCUGGGUGUAAAACUUGACUGCUCUGCUGGAUUGGAGAGUAAAGCAAUACUUCCACAUUCAAACUCUUUUGAUUAGAUUGUAUAGGCCUGUGUUCAUUUAUUUCACUUUGAACAAACACUUGUGCUUGCUAAGGUUUGCUAGCUGUCUUCUCUCAUCCUUGUGGCAGCUGUGAUGUACCUUUAAUGCUUAUCCCAUCAGACCAUGUGGAAUAUUAAUAAACAUAGCCAUCGCUGCUUUGAACUGGG